CGUGCAGCGCUCCUCCCUCAGGCCGGGGCAUUCGGUUUAAAUACCCUGCUUGGGUAUGAUAACCGGGUCAUUUGGACUGUUCUGUCUCUGGACUACCCCGCUAACACCCCCAGGACUUAAAAGAUUCCAACACCCACAAGCUAAAAGUUGUAGGUUUUCAGCUCACCUUGGAAUCCAAGAUGGCCGCCAGCACCGCAAGCGAAGACGAGAAGCUCCUCUUCCUGGACAAGAGCUCCAGCAGCAACCCCACGGCGCAGGCCGACUGGGCCGCCAGGAAGCUGGUGUGGAUCCCGUCCGAGCGGCACGGGUUCGAGGCGGCCUCCGUCCUGGAGGACCGCGGGGACCAGGUCCUGGUGGCGCUGGCCGACGGGAGCGGGAAGGUGACGGUCGGCAGGGACGACGUGCAGAAGAUGAACCCGCCCAAGUUCAGCAAGGCGGAGGACAUGGCCGAGCUCACCUGCCUGAAUGAGGCCUCCGUGCUGCACAACCUGAAGGAGAGGUACUUCUCCGGGCUCAUCUAUACCUACUCCGGGUUGUUCUGUGUGGUGGUAAACCCGUAUAAAAUGCUGCCCAUCUAUUCAGAGAAGGUCGUCGAGAUGUACAAAGGGAAGAAACGCCACGAAGCUCCGCCCCACAUCUACUCCAUCGCUGAUAAUGCCUACAGGAACAUGAUGCAGGAUCGAGAAGACCAGUCUAUUCUCUGCACGGGGGAAUCUGGUGCAGGAAAGACAGAGAACACUAAGAAGGUGAUCCAGUACCUGGCAGUAGUAGCUUCUUCACACAAGAGCAAAUGCCCUCAGGAUCCGAAUUCAUCAUCUUUUAAUAAGGGGGAGCUGGAGAAGCAGCUCCUGCAAGCUAACCCCAUUCUGGAAGCCUUUGGAAAUGCCAAGACCAUCAAGAAUGACAACUCCUCCCGAUUUGGAAAAUUCAUCCGAAUCAACUUUGACGUGACAGGCUACAUCGUUGGAGCCAACAUCGAGACGUACCUCCUGGAGAAGUCUCGUUGUAUCCGACAGGCUAUGAUUGAGCGCUCCUUCCACAUCUUUUACUACCUGGUGGCCGGAGCCAAGGACAAGCAGAGAGAGGAGCUGCUGCUGGAGAACUUCAGCAGCUACCGUUUCCUGGUUGCGGGGCACAUGCAGUUACCAGGACAACAGGACGAUGAGAUGUACAACGAGACGCUGGAGGCCAUGGACAUCAUGGGCUUCACCGAGGAAGAGCAGCUCGGGAUUAUGAAGGUGGUCUCCACGGUUCUGCAGCUGGGGAACAUUGAGUUUAAGAAGGAGAGGAACCAGGAGCAAGCCACCAUGCCCGACAACACAGCGGCUCAGAAGGUGUGCCACCUGCAGGGCAUCAACGUGACGGACUUCACCCGUGCCAUCCUCACCCCCCGCAUCAAGGUGGGCAGAGAGGUGGUGCAGAAGGCCCAGACCAAGGAGCAGGCUGACUUUGCGGUGGAGGCUCUGGCCAAGGCCAUGUAUGAGCGUCUGUUCCGCUGGAUCCUGGCGCGCGUCAACAAGGCGCUGGACAAGACCAAGAGGCAGGGCUCCUCCUUCCUCGGCAUCCUGGACAUCGCCGGCUUUGAGAUCUUUGAGGAUAACUCAUUUGAGCAGCUCUGCAUCAACUACACCAACGAGAAGCUGCAGCAGCUCUUCAACCACACCAUGUUCAUCCUGGAGCAGGAGGAGUACCAGCGGGAGGGCAUCGAGUGGAGCUUCAUUGACUUCGGCCUGGACCUGCAGCCCUGCAUCGACCUCAUCGAGAGACCGAAUAACCCCCCAGGUAUCCUGGCCCUGCUGGAUGAGGAGUGCUGGUUCCCCAAGGCCACAGAUGUCUCCUUCGUGGAGAAGCUGAUGAACACACAGGCCAGCCACCCCAAGUUCUCCAAACCCAAACAGCUGAAGAGCCAACCGGAGUUCUCCGUGCAGCACUACGCUGGCAGGGUGGACUACAACGCCUCCAACUGGCUGACCAAGAACAUGGACCCGCUCAACGACAACGUCACUCAGCUGCUCAAUAACUCCUCCAUCAAUUUCAUACAGGAGCUCUGGAAAGACACGGAUCGUGUGGUUGGCCUGGACACCAUCACUAAGAUGUCGGGCAGUUCCGCUCCCGGCCCCUCCAAGGCUAAGAAGGGCAUGUUCCGCACCGUGGGCCAGCUGUACAAGGAGUCUCUGACCAAGCUCAUGACCACCCUGCACAACACACAGCCAAACUUUGUGCGCUGCAUCAUCCCCAACCACGAGAAGAGGGCUGGGAAGCUGGAUGCUCACCUGGUCCUGGAGCAGCUCAGGUGUAACGGGGUGCUGGAGGGAAUCCGAAUCUGCCGGCAGGGCUUCCCCAACCGCAUCGUCUUCCAGGAGUUCCGCCAGCGAUACGAGAUCCUGGCUGCCGGUGCCAUUCCUAAAGGCUUCAUGGAUGGUAAACAGGCCUGCACCCAGAUGAUCAAACACCUGGAUCUGGACCCCAACCUGUACCGGAUCGGCCAGAGCAAGGUGUUCUUCCGCACAGGUGUGCUGGCCCACCUGGAGGAGGAGCGGGACAUUAAGAUCACCGUAGUGAUCAUCGCCUUCCAGUCCCAGGCUCGCGGCUUCCUGGCCAGGAAGGCGUUUGCUAAGAGGCAGCAGCAGCUGACGGCCAUGAGGGUGAUCCAGAGGAACUGUGCUGCCUACCUGAAGCUGAGGAACUGGCAGUGGUGGAGACUUUUCACCAAGGUGAAGCCCCUGCUACAGGUCACCAGACAGGAAGAGGAAAUGACCCAGAAGGAGGAGGAGCUUCAGAAAGCUAAGGAAAUAGCACAGAGGUCUGAGUCGGAGCUGAAGGAGAUCACCCAAAAGCACGCACAGCUGCUGGAGGAGAAGACCCAGCUGCAGGAGCGGCUGCAGACGGAGGCCGAACUCUACGCCGAGGCGGAGGAGAUGCGGGUUCAGCUGGAGGCCAGGAAGCAGGAGCUGGAGGAGAUCCUGCAGGAGAUGGAGACGCGACUGGAGGAGGAGGAGGAGCGAGGCCAGGCCAUGCAGGCCGAGAGGAAGAAGAUGCAGCAGCAAAUACAGGAGCUGGAGGAGCACUUGGGGGGCGAGGGGGACGCCCGGCAGAAGCUGCAGCUGGAGAAGGUGGCGGCUGAUGGGAAGAUUAAGAAGCUGGAGGACGACAUCCUGGUGAUGGAAGACCAGAAGAGCAAGCUGCAGAAGGAGAAGAAGCUGUUAGAGGAACGGGUAGCGGACUUCAGCUCCAACCUAGCCGAGGAAGAGGAGAAAUCAAAGAACCUGACCAAGCUGAAGAACAAGCACGAGUCCAUGAUAUCGGAACUGGAGGUGCGGUUGAAGAAGGAGGAGAAGGGCAGGCAGGAUGUGGAGAAGGCCAAGCGGAAGCUGGAGGGGGAGCAGGCAGACCUGCUGGAGCAGAGCGCUGACAUGCAGGCCCAGGUAGAGGAGCUGAAGGCCCAGCUGGCCAAGAGAGAUGAGGAUCUGCAGGCUGCAGCUGUGAGAGUGGAGGAGGAGGCAGUGCAGAAGAGCGGCGCUCUGAAGCGGAUCAGGGAGCUGGAGGGGCUGCUGUCCGAGGCGCAGGACGACCUGGAGGCGGAGCGCUCCGCCCGGGCGAAGGUGGAGAGGGCCCGGCGGGACCUGGAAGUCGAGCUGGAGGCGCUUAAGUCCGAGCUGGAGGACACCCUCGACACCACCGCUGCCCAGCAGGAGCUCCGGGUGAAGAGGGAACAGGAAGUUGCUCUGCUGAAGCAAACGCUGGAGGAAGAGGGGGCCAUGAGCAAGGUUAGGAUACAGUACAAACGGGUACAAACACAGUCUUACCUGCUUUACAGUGCAAUAAAAGCAGUGGUCUCUGACGUACCCCUGCAGGCUAAGUCCAGUGUGGAGAAGGCGAAGGUGGCGCUGGAGCAGGAGAUGGCUGAACUGAGCGCGGAUGUGCGUUCCCUGACCAGCGCCAAGCAGGAGCUGGAGCACAAGAGGAAGAAGGUGGAGGGGCAGCUGGCCGACCUGCAGGCCCGCUACAGCGACAGCGAGAGGCAGAGGGCCGAGCUGGGGGACCGCGUCGCCAAGACAGCCGCGGAGCUGGACAACAUGACCGGCCUCCUGAAUGAAGCCGAGAGCAAAAACAUCAAGCUUAGCAAAGAAGUGGCCAGCCUGAGCUCCCAACUGCAAGACAGCCAGGGGCUGCUGGCGGAGGAGACGCGGCAGAAGCUGAACGUCUCCGCACGCCUGCGGCAGACGGAGGAGGACCGCAACGCCCUGCAGGAGCAGCUGGAGGAGGAGGCGGAGGGCAGGAGGGGCUGCGAGAGGCAGGUGUCCUCCCUCAAUGGACAGCUGUCAGACUCCAGGAAGAAGGUGGAGGAGCUGAGCAGCAGCCUGGAGCUGCUGGAGGAGAGCAAGCGGCGGCUGCAGCGGGACCUGGAGGGGGCCGGCCUGCGGUACGAGGAGAAGGCCUCCGCCUACGACAAGCUGGACAAAAGCAAGGCCCGUCUGCAGCAGGAGCUGGACGACCUGCUGGUGGACCUGGACAACCAGCGCCAGCUCGUCUCCAGCCUGGAGAAGAAGCAGAAGAAGUUUGACCAGAUGGUGGCGGAGGAGAAGAGUGCCUCCUGUAAGUUUGCGGAGGAGCGUGAUCGCGCGGAGGCGGAUUUGCGGGAGAAGGAGACUCGGGUGCUGUCGCUGACUCGGGCGCUGGAGGAGGCGAAGCGUUACUGCGAGGAGCAGGAGAGGAGUAACAAGGCCCUCCGUGCCGAGAUGGAGGACCUGGUCAGCUCCAAGGACGACGUCGGCAAGAGUGUUCACGAGCUGGAGAAGGCGAAGCGAGGGCUGGAGGCACAGGUGGAGGAGAUGCUGGUGCAGGUGGAGGAGCUGGAGGACGAGCUGCAGGCCGCAGAGGACGCCAAGCUGCGGCUGGAGGUGAACAUGCAGGCGCUGAAGGGGCAGCACGAGCGGGACCUGCAGGCCCGCGAGGAGCAGGGCGAGGAGAAGAGGAGACACCUCCUCAAACAGGUGCGGGAGCUGGAGAUUAAUCUGGAGGAUGAGCGGAAACAGAGGGCUGUGAUGGCAGCCGCUAAGAAGAAGCUGGAGGGGGACCUGAAGGACCUGGAGGACCAAGUGGAGAUGAGCAGCCGAGGUCAUGACGAGGCUGUCAAGCAGCUGCGUAAGGUGCAGGCCCUGGCCAAGGACCUGCAGAGGGAGGUGGACGACUCUCGCUCUGCCCGGGAGGAGGUGCUGUCCUCCUUUAGAGAGACCGAGAGGAAGGCCAGGAGCCUGGAGACCGACCUCAUCCAGCUACAGGAGGAACUGGCAGCCACUGAAAGGGCUAAGAAGCAGGUGGAAGCUGAGCGAGAUGAGAUGGCAGAGGAUCUCACCAACUCCUCCAGAAAGUCAACAUUCAGUGACGAGCGCCACCGUCUGGAGGCUAAGAUUGCUCACCUGGAGGAGGAGCUGGAGGAGGAGCAGGGGAACAUGGAGCUCCUGAAUGACCGCCUGAGGAGGGCUGUGCAGCAGGCCGACCAGCUGAGCAGCGAACUGCAGGCGGUGCGGGCGGCCAAUCAGAAGAGUGAGAGCGGCAGGCAGCAGCUGGAGAGGCAGAAUAAGGACCUGAGAGCCAAGCUGCAGGACAUGGAGAGCCAGGUCAAGUCCAAGUUCAGGGCCUCUGUCGCCGCCCUGGAGGCGAAGGUGCUGCAGCUGGGGGAUCUUCUGGAAGAGGAGAGCAGGGAGAGACAGGCCAUUGGUAGAGGGAUUCGUCAGAAGGAUAAGAAGCUGAAGGACAUGACCAUUCAAGUGGAGGAAGAAAGAAAGCAAGCACUCCAUUACAAAGACCAGGUGGAGAAGGCCUAUGUGCGGGUGAAGCAGCUGAAGAGGCAGGUGGAGGAGCUGGAGGAGGAGUCUCAGCGCGUCGCCGCCGACCGCAGGAAGCUGCAGCGCGAGCUGGAGGAAGCGGGCGAGGCCAACGACGCCUUGAGCCACGAGGUGUCCUCGCUCAAGAGCAAGCUCAGGAGAAGACCGGAAUCAUCCUACGGCGGCCCCCCACGCCGCGUUGGGGGAGGGGCAUCCAGAGGAGCUCGGAGAGUGGUAGAAAAUGCAGACGCACCCGAGGAGGAGUCUGAACAUCACCCUGAUCCUGUGGAGGGGGAUGUGAAUGGAGCCAAUUCAGCAGAGUAGAGCCCCGCCCUCCAUCUGGCCCCACCCACUCAGAAACCCAGCCUACUUUCUGGCCCCACAUACCAUGGGUUCUUUCCAAUCGCUUAUUUCAUCUUUGCUUAUCGCCCUGGUCCUUGUGUGACCUGGAAAUCAAUCGAGGUUCACCAUCUUUAAGGACACUCCACUUCAUUAAAUGAGUUGGAGUUACAAUUUUUUUUUCCAACUCCCUCCACACAUACAUAGCAAAGAUACAGGCAGUUCAGCAAUAUGUCCAUAAUUCUUUAAUACAAACUCUGCAUAAAACAGGCCAGCAGCCUGAUUUGUGUUUCAGGAAAAUGAAUCGGGGAACAGGGUUCAUGAGAUUUAUUUAUGAUUAUUUAUUAUCAAUUUGCUAAAACAUAUAAAUUAAGGUGAAUGCUACAGAAUAGAUUAGAGAUGUGUGGCUAAGCAGUGUGUGAACAUGUGAGCAGUAAAAUUGCCAGUGCCUUACAGUAUACGCAUAAUGGAAGCUAUACUUUAUAAAAUAUGCACUUUAUGAAUCCUGGUAUUUUUAAAACCUGCAUGGAGAAACUCCCCCAUUACUAAUUUAGGCUCAUCCCCUCCUCGGAUUUAAUAUUACAGUAAUCAUGCUAAAGAACCCACAUUAGGGAUAAAGUAAAAGUAUUUGAGACACCUGGGACUUUUGUGCAAAAAACCACACCUGCUGCAAGUGAUGAUUUAUCUUAAAGGGUGAAAAUCUGUGCAGAAAACUCCAUAACCCGACCAGUAGAAUGGAUAAGAAUUUUGAACAGUAAAGUCAGGGUUCUGUUUCCACAGGCAUCUGUAUGUAGACAGACUUGCCAAACGUGCCAA